AUGUCUUCCUCAGUCUUUUUUCGCUUCAAAUCUCAGAAGGAGCCUUCUCGAGUGACUUUCGAUGGUACUGGAAUCUCUGUUUUCGAACUAAAGCGAGACAUAAUUGCUCAAAGCAAAUUAGGAGACGGCUCGGAUUUUGAGUUGAUCAUUAAUUCAGAGGACACGAAUGAGGAAUACGAUGAUGACACUGCAAUAAUCCCGCGAUCGACGACAGUAAUUGCUAAGAGGCUUCCUGCUAGUAAGCCUGGACGAGGGGGAGCAGCGCGAUAUGUGUCUGGAAAAAUGCCGCAAAGUUCGAAGAAUGCCUAUCGACAAGAGACUUCAUCGUCGAAGAAUACGACCAAUCAAUUCUCUCAUGGUCUCGGCAACAUACGUGGUGUGCAGAGUGAGGAAGAACGGAUAAAGUCUACCUUGCAGAUGGGUGCGGACGACUGGGCACGGCAGCAGCAGCAGAUGGCCAAUGCCGCCCCUGUGCACCGUACUUUACCAAUGAAAGGAAAACCCCAGAACGUGCCCGAUCAUCCGCCAGCUUCAACAUAUGUGUGUCAUCGUUGUAACGAAAAAGGUCACUGGAUACAGGAGUGCCCGACAAAUAAUGAUCCAGCAUUUGAUAACCGACCUCGAAUCAAGCGAACUACGGGCAUUCCUAAGUCUUUUCUCAAGACAGUUGAAAGGCCGACUGCAAUCGUUAAUGACGGGACGAUAGAUGACGCAAAACAGCCAAGUGGGGUAAUGGUGAACUCUGAGGGUGAAUAUGUUGUCGCAGAGCCGGAUCAAGCUGCAUGGGACAGAUAUCAAGUGCAGGCAAAAAUUUCCGUAGCCGCGCAAAAUGUCGCUGCGAAGAGCACUAAAGAUCUACAAGACCUAGGUUUGGAAUGCCAAAUGGACAAACGUUUGUUUGUAGAUCCCACGAAGACACCUUGUUGCGGUAGGACGUUCUGCCAUGAAUGCAUCCAGACCGCCUUGCUCGAUAACGAUCUUCGCUGCCCCCAAUGUUCUACUGACAAUGUUCCGAUUGAUGAUCUGAUACCUGAUGUUGAGAUGGCGGCUAGAGUUCGCAAAUAUGAGGAGGGUAAAGCUGCAGCAAGGCCAGUUGAGAUACCGGAAAAUCCAGUCUUUACUAAAUCUGAAGACGUUCUUCCAUCUUUUGCGCCAUCGGAAUCCAAGAGUCCACUUGCAAAGCUAUCUGUCCCUGAGCCCUCACUAGCCAUCAAGGAAUCAAGAAAGCGCCCUGCUGAAUUGGAGUUAGAAAAUACCCGUUCAGGUCAAAGCCCAAAGAAAGAACAGCCUGCUAGAAUCGCAAACAAGACACCCAGCUAUUUUGACCAGUCACGAACAAAAGAUCGAACCAUCGAUCCCGCAACCUCCGCCAACGGAAGUCAAAUAAAUUCCAACCUCAAUCCUAUGUCAUUUCCGAACAUGAAUGGAUUCAUGGGCAUUCCUGUGAGCAUGGGUAUGCAAAAUUCGAUGAUGAUGAUUCCACCAGCAACCUUUACAAGCCAGAACUGGAACCAUUCUUGGGGAAUGCCAUACAGCCAACCAAACUUAAACAUGAAUAUGGGAGCGCCUCAAAACUCUGCACCUUAUACCAAUGGGUUCAAUCAACCAAAUAUGCGAAGUAAUGGGUCACAAAGCAUACAAAGCCAGUGGAACUUUGACAACAACGGCAACAAGAUUGCGUACGGUCAAUUUGCAAACCAGCAACGGUCAAAUAACGAAGAAGAAAGUGCCUACUUCCGAAAGCCAGUGAAUCCCAAUCGACAGCAGAAUCGACGGAAUUGGAACCAGAAUCGACCAGCAGAUUUUCGCGAGAUUUAG